GGAAUGCAGAUUUCAAACAACAUUCCAAUGUCUUUCUAGAUGGAUAUAUCAAGCCGAGUGCAUUUGUCCAGCUUUCUGUCCAAAUGGGAAUUGUGGGGAGUCUGGGACAAGCUGGCCUAAAGUGGUUAACAGGAAUGAGGACAUCUACUAGUCUUGAUGGGGGAAUCCAGGUGAAGAAAGGGAAAGAGCUCAAAGUUUUCUUGAACACUCCAGAAGAAUCUAUGGAGAUUAUAAAUUUCAGCUCUAAACUCUACUUCAGAAUGGUGGAUGAGACAGAAGAUAUAGAUGUCUUCCAAGACCACACAGAAACCAGAUCUUGCACUAGGGAGGAAGUGUCUGAGAUUAUUGGGUGGCAGCUGUGUUCUGAAAUGUCCUAUCCUGACCCAGCCACUGGUUUGGUUUUCCCCCUCAGUGGACCUUUGAGAGUGGCUGUGACAUUAACUAAGCAAGACAGAGGCCUGCAGCAGUAUGUGCUGGAAGCUGCCUAUAACUACAGAGCUCAGGAGAAUUCAUGGAUCCCAAGUGAAGCUGUCUUUCACUUCUUCAUUGGGACUCCAAAAUCAGACUUGAAAAGAGAUGUUGGUGUUGACCUAAGUUUUAGUGUCCCACAGAAGAAAUUCAGAAUCCUAUUUAUACAACCUAAGAAAAAAAUUGAGGUUCAUGGGAGGAUUGAAUCUUCUAAAAAUUCCCGAGUUGGACACCUGGAGCUGAUAGUGGAUGACCGAGAUGUGUAUUACAUUAAGGGAAUGGCAGAUUUACAGAUGCUGAGUGGAGAGCAGAGAUACAUGACCCAGCUGGAGGUAAAGCUGAUAAAGCAAAGCAGUCCUAUCAUUCUGUCAGGAAACAUCACUAAACAGCCUGGCAAGAAGAUAGCUUUUUCAGUGUCUCUGAAUAAUUUGUUGAAGGAUGCUGCAUUUCUUUCAGCACUUCUGGAGAAAAAGGUUAAUGAUAAGCUGAGACAAUAUUCAUUGGAAGGGGAGAUUCACCUUCCAGGUGUUCUUGGAGUUCACGCCGUUGCUCUCCUCCAGCAGCAUGAGGGAUUGUGGUCUCAUGGUCUGCAGAUAAAAUAUGGACUCCUAGGAGAGGCAAAAACCCCUUGCCACGAGUGCAAUACACAGCAGAAGGUUCAGGUGGAGACGAGUGCACAGGGCUUGUACAGACUGGAGCUGGGCCAUGAGUUUCACUGUGUGCAGGCUCCCACCUACAGCCACCAGGUUCACCUGAAACAUGAAGUGAGUGCAUCUUGGAUUUCCUCCCACAUGGAAGUGAACUAUGGGAAACACUGGGAUGAAAUAAACAACAAGAAGAAACUGCUGAUCAGCCAAGCCUUUAAGAAUAGUUCCAGUUCAUCUCUAGUCAGCUAUUUGAUGGAGUUUACCCUGCAAGUCCUGGAAAAACAGGUGAAUUAUAGAACCCAGCUGCAGCACUUGCACACCUCUCAGGUGUAUUUGCAGAGCAGCACCAACUUUGAGGUGCAGUAUAAUGACCAUGUACCAUUUGUGGCUGGGCUGCAGUGGAAGGAUGCAUCCAGAAAUGGCCUGAAGAAGUGGGAAGGUGGGUUCAAUAUAGACACCCCAUGGCUCUAUCUGUACACAGCUCACAAACUGCACCAGCCUCAGCAUUCUGCUUAUUUACUGACAUCCAAGCUGACAGCUGGAAAAGCUCUCUCCAUUAAAGACCUUGUACUGGAACUAUUCUAUAAAGAUCAAGGCAAUGAGAAGGAAGGAAAAGUUCACAUUUACACACCAGCUACCACAUACCUGCAGGCAUCCACACUUAAUCGUCUUGGGAGAAAUGUUCUGCAUAGCUAUAGUGAAAUGAUCUCUCUGUGGAAUCAGCUUGUGAAGAACGAGAUUCAUUUGGAGAAUAACGAACGAGCCAAACUUCUCUGCUUUAAGAUAGAGAGUGCAAAACAGGAAUUUAACUUCACAGCCAGCUAUCAGAAUCUGCCAAUGCCUAAGAAGACAAACUUUUCUGUGAAGAUUGUCUGGAGAGAUUAUAAAAGUCUGCCUGUCAUACUGCAGUGUGAAGGUCAGAUAAAAGAGUUGAGGAAGGAGAAGAUGCUCUAUCAAAAACGUGCAACCCUCCAUUUCAGGCAUCCUUUUAAAGUGCCCUUUUUGCAGAGCUUCCUUCUGCAGGAAACAUUUACUGUUGAUAAAAAGCAAAAGCACUAUUUCAUGGAAACAAAAAUGUUGAUAAAUGAGGUGGAAGAAACAGUUCAGACUCUUAUACUUGGUUACCAACCUGAAAACCCCUAUAUUUGUGCGGGCUUAACUCAUCCUUAUAACUACAGCAUUUUUCCUAAAGAUGUUGAAAUGUGCAUUUUAACUCUAAAUCAUCAAAAUGUGAAGCAUGAGCUCGAGACUGUCUUAAAGGUGAAUAAGGAAGAUGUUCUCAGUUUUCUAGGGCGGUAUCAGGACAAAUCCAGUGAUGGAGAUUUUAGACAUCUUUUACACAUGGAUGUGACACACUCAUUCCAGGUUGAGUUUCCACAAGCAAUGGGCCUCAGUGGGGAGCUGUUUUCCAGGCGGACUAAACUGGAACACUUGGACUGUGGUGUGAGUGUAACAGUCAUCAUCAACAAGAACAUGUCUUCACAGGUCCAGGCAGUUGUGAAGAGUUAUGGUGGAAACAAUGUCAAUGGCUCUCUUCACCUUCAUUCCAAUGGAAAGGAAAUGCUGAAGCUGGAGGUCGAUGUGAACAAUGAAAACAGGAGGAGUACCAGAAUUGUUGAACUGAGGGCUUUUCUCCAUCAGACAGUCCUGACAAACCCAGAAUCAGUACAGUUCCAGCUCAUGGGCAAAAUACAUCCAUCAAGACUUCUGUUAUCUUCUGACUUGAAGCUUAAUGAAAACAGGGUUCACAUGGAUUUCAUGGGAGUCAGGGAGCAGAAAGUUGGUUUUGUUUUGUCCCUGAAUGGAAAAGUCCAGCACACUUUUACUGGAUUAAAUGCCAUACCUCAUCUCCUUUCUCUGGAUGGAUUACUGAAGUGCAAAAACAACACUCACGAUGGUAACAUCAAUGUGAUGAUCAACAAAAGACUGUAUGGACUGCAUGUCAGGAACAGGAAUGUGUUUGGGAAAAGCACUGUGCACAAUAUCACUGUUGCCAUUGUUCAGAAUGGCAGUCGGGCAAUGCCAGUGGAGGCAAGACUGAAAGGACACCUGGAACUGAGUAAAGAGAAGAAAAGGGGGCUAGCUAGCUUCCAGGUGGAUGAGAAGGCUCUUUCUGUAGAUUUUCUUAAUAUCAUGGAUCAUGGGCAUGGCAGAAUCAGUGGGACUUUCACACAUAAUGUCGACUUCUUAAAAAAUGCAGGGUUACCUUUGGAUGGCAUUCUUACUGCCACAUGUGAGCAUGGCACAGGAAAUCACACCAUUGCCAUAGCCCUGCAGAGUGGCAGUGAAAGGAUUGCUGCUGUGUUAGAGGGGCACAGACUGGCCACAGAGCCUCCAACAUCCCAGCUAUCUGUGAUCCUAAAGCACAACAUCUCAAAGAUAAAGAAACUUGGGAUCCCUUUUGUUUUAGAAGCUGCUGGCUAUUAUGAGAAUUUCUCCAGAAAGAUUGCUGUGGGGCUAACAACCACAGUGGAGACAGAGCAGCUCAAGAUUGAAAUAGAGAAGAAAACCACUGGCACUGCUGUGGAAAUUUCUCUUUUACUUCACCAUGAUGUGGGAGGACUGAUGGACAUUCUUCCACGUGCACUAGAGGUUGCUUGCAGUGGAGAAUCUGCUAACAAACAACUUUCUGGCCUUUGCAAUGGUGCAAUUGCAUUUCACCAUUUUGAGACUCCAGCAAGAGUUUUACUGAAUGGGUCAAUAUUUACCAGCAACUUUACUGUCAUCCUCUUUGGACGUGUUUCUUUUCAUGACAUAUUUGCCUGCCUGCAACUCUAUGCUACCACUAACACCCAUCCUCAUUUAGAAAUCGACUUCCAGCAUUCUUUGCCUUCACUUCAUUCUCUGGGAAUUGCCAGAGAGAACCACCUGAAGGUGUUAGCCAUGAGAAGUGACAAGUACAAGGGCAUCCUUGGUAUUGUCCUUGGGCCUUGUACUUUGGAAGCUGAUGGGGAAGUGAGCCUGGCAAACAAUGAGACAGGAUGGGUACUUGCUUUUAGAAACAAGUGCAUCAGUCUAGAGAGGAUGGGAUUGCCUCAUGCUGCAGUCUUGGGGGGCUCAUUUCGACAGAACAUCUGCAACAUGGGCUUGUUAAUGAAGCUGCAGUGUGAUGGCAGAGCAGUGGAUGUGCAGAUAGACACCUCCUGCCAGCAUGAAUUUACACUCCAGGGGAUGCUCAGGCAUUCACUUCCUUGGCUCAGCCAGCUUGGGCUGCCUUUUGAAAACUCUGUCCUGUUCUCUGCAGCCACAGACUCCACCACAGAGGGCAUUUUCCUGCUGCAGGCUGGCAGAUGCAGACUGAGGGCUAGAGGGGAUUUCUUUGUUCAGAAUAAAGCUGACUGGACACUGGAAACAGAAACAGAAUGUCCACUUCUACAGGUAGCUCUGGGAAGCUUUUAA